GUAAGUGGGACACAAGGUCAAAAUGGGUGCUGGCUGCUCUUCCUCUUCUUCAUUCUCCCUUUCUUUACCCAAUCACCAUUGCUUUUCAUCCACUCUCCAUCACCCCAAAUCAACAUCGACAUUCAUUCUCUCCACUCACACUUAUUCCCAAUUCCACAAAUCUUCAUCCAAAUUCUCAAUAAAUUCGCCACCCAAUUGCGGCAGCGGCAGCAUUCCGGAAAUCAAAACCACCCAACAAAAAAGCUUCGUGAAAAACCCCAUGUCUGAUCCUCACACAAUCGACUCGGAAUUACUUCAAAAGUUGGUUUAUGAUGCUCUCGUUUGGAGCUCUCUUCAUGGACUCGUUGUUGGGGACAGAAACGUCCAGAGAUCAGGAUCGAUUCCUGGAGUCGGUUUGGUUCACGCCCCAAUUGCAUUACUACCAUAUUCGUUUCCAGAAAGCCACUGGAAGCAAGCUUGUGAGUUAGCCCCCAUUUUCAAUGAGUUAGUAGACCGAGUUAGUUUGGAUGGCAAGUUUUUGCAGGACACUCUCUCAAGAACAAAGAAAGUGGAUGCCUUCACCUCCAGACUUUUAGAUAUUCACUCCAGGAUGCUACAAAUCGGCAAGAAGGAGGAUAUUCGCUUGGGAUUACAUCGCUCUGAUUAUAUGCUUGAUGAAAAUACAAAUUUACUUCUCCAAAUAGAGCUCAACACAAUAUCAUGUUCAUUCUCAGGGUUAAGUUGUCUUGUUAGUGAGCUUCAUAGGAGCUUACUCUCUCAAUAUAAAGAACACUUGGGGGUUGAUUUCAGAAGGAUUCCAAAAAAUAAUUCAGCAAAUAAGUUUGCUGAGGUGUUGGCAAAGGCGUGGAUGGAAUAUAACAAUCCGAGUGCUGUAGUUAUGGUGGUUGUUCAACCUGAAGAACGGAAUAUGUAUGACCAACAUUGGCUCAGUGCAACCCUCACUGAAAGAUAUCCUUUUUGCAUUGCUGUGGAUUCCAGUGGAAUUGGAAUUCAAGAUUCCAUUCCAUGGCUUGUUUUGUUGCCAUGCCAAAUGGACGGAAUUGGAAUUCAAAUUCCAUCUAUUCGGAAGACAUUGGUGGAAAUUGAUGCACAAGGGAAGACUCUUUCAGAUGGAACUCUUGUAGUGGAUGGUGAAACGGUUGCAGUCAUAUAUUUUAGAGCCGGAUAUGCACCUAACGAUUAUCCUUCUGAAUCAGAGUGGAAAGCUAGGUUACUUAUGGAGGAAUCUGUAGCUAUCAAGUGUCCUUCAAUCUCUUAUCAUUUAACUGGCACCAAGAAAGUUCAGCAGGAGCUUGCAAAACCUAAUGUACUCGAGAGGUUUCUUGAUAAUAAAGAUGACAUAGCCAAGCUUCAGGCAUGCUUUGCUGGAUUAUGGAGUUUGGAUGAUUCAAAUGCUGUCAAGAAUGCUAUCGAGCAGCCAGGAGCAUUUGUCAUGAAGCCACAAAGAGAAGGCGGAGGUAACAACAUUUAUGGGGAUGAAGUGAAGGAAAUGCUUGUAAGAUUGCAAAAAGAAGGAUCCGAAGAAGAAGCAGCAGCAUACAUUCUCAUGCAAAGGAUUUUCCCAAAAGAUUUCCCGACACUUCUUGUUCGAGAAGGUAUCUGCUAUAAAGAACAGGCCAUUUCUGAACUCGGGAUAUUUAGUUCAUAUCUAAGAAACAAGGAGAAGGUGAUUGUUAGUGAGCAAUGUGGUUACCUGAUGCGUACUAAAGUUUCUUCAUCAAACGAGGGUGGUGUUGCUGCUGGAUUUGCGGUUUUGGAUAGUUUGUAUUUGAGUUGAUUUCACCUUUCUUUCCCCUAAUAAUAAUAAUAAUAAUAAUAAUAAUAAUUGAUGGCUUCAUCAAGACCUAAUCACUUUCUGUUUUCCAUUUUGGCUUAUGUAACAUACUUGUACUUUAUUCUUAUUGUAACAUUUUGUAGACUUUUUUUUUUAAAGGAAUUGAAUCUGUCACAGGAAUUGGAAUCAUAAUUUGUCAUGCUCAUGCUCAUGCAUUUGUUUGGUUGGAG